AUGCCAGCAAAGCAAAUGGCAUUUUCAGGACUUGGCCCAAAUUCUGAACCUGUUUCUAUUCCCACAAGGCCACAAGGCGAGUCUUCUGAAACAGACGGGGCAGAACUAUUUGAUGACCAUUUGGAGAAUGAAAGUGACAAUGAAAUAAUGUUGGGAAAAGAGGUAGAGGAUGAGAGUGGGCUGCAGCUAAAGGACACCAUUUUGGAAGCACCCAUAAAUGCACAAAAACAAACCAAAAAGAAAAAUAAUCACCGAAGCAAAAUCAAUCCAUGCCUUGACUUUUUGAUUAACGCUGAUACACAGCCUGGAAAGCAUUGUCAAAGGCAGGUUUUUAACUUCUACUUUGACAACAUGGUAGCAGCUACUAAACAGCUCCACCGCUCUUGCCUCCCUAAGUAUACAAUGAACGACCAAGACUUUGCUCUUAUUGAUGCCCUCAAGAUAUGGAGAAUAGCAAAAACAACAGAAACUUAUGGACACGCUCACCUGGUCAACAUUGGUCCCUCUAUUAUCAUGACAGAUAGUAUUACAGACCGAGUUAUCCAUAGUGUGUCACAAAAUCUGGAGCAUGAAGGAGCUAGAUUGAGACAAAGUGGGCUGGAGCAACACCAAUGCGGCCUCUCACAGCUGCUCUAUCAAUGCCUCUAUCUACUUUGGCAACCAGGAAAAUUUGGUGCGGCACAUAUGGCCUCGAAGGCCACAACUGCAAAAAAGGCACGUUCUUUGCACAAUAAUAAGAAGAAUGAUUACAAAUAUUUUCCUCAUAUCUGCGUCUGCAUGUUUACUGGUAAGAUGACUCUGAAGCAAAUUCUUUUCUACAGUAAGAUUAUACAAUUCAACGCACCAGUCAACCCCACAAAAGUUCCCCGGUUUGCCUGUUGGAUUGACUACAAGGGAACCAACUUAGUGUCAGAGAAAAGACACACCGAAGACCAACUGGGUAUUUAA